AUGUUGGUGCCUUUAGCAGAAAAACUCACUGCUUUGAUAAGGAACAAUAAUGGAACUAUGGAACAUAAUAAUCUUCAGAUGAAUAUUCACACAGGAGAUAACAAGCCAUAUAUUGUCAAAUCACCAUCUACCAACAAUUCCAUGAGUGAUUUUAUCACUCCUGUAUGGAAAGUGAAAAACUUCUGUUUCUUUAUCUACGUGAUAUGGGUCAGCCUCUUCCUACAUCCUCCUGAGUUUGAUAUCCAAAAAGUAACCGUAACCAACUUGAGCAUUUCAUCAUAUUCACAAAUUUCCGGCGAUUGGAAGGUGGAUUUUAUGUUUCGCAACCCCAACUCAAAAAUUAAUCUUUACUAUGAUCAAAUUGAAGUUGUUGUCUCGUACAAGUCGAACUCAAUCGCACAGACUCUUUUGCCACCAUUUAUUCAAGGAACCAACAACGAGACCACCAUUAGGGCAACUUUGACUUCUUUGAUGAUGUCAUGUGUCCAUGAUCAAGAGAGCAUUAAGAGGAGUCAUGGGGUGAUCACUUUUGAUGUGACGAUGACGGCUAGGGUUCAGACUAGGGUUUGGUGGGGUAUAACGUGGGCAUUGACGGUUGAUUGCUCUAAUUUACAAAUUGCGGUUGGUAAUGGUGGAAGUGGAACUCUGGUUGGCGGUUCCAAGAAAUGCAUGGCAUCCGCAUCCGACGACCAAAUGAAUUCAACUAAAUUUCUAUACAGGCGAUGGUAA